GGUCUCCAGUCAACUCUCAGGUCUGCAGCAGUGCGCAUGCGCUAGAGAUGCAUCGCUGCGGUCACCUGCUGCUGCUGCAGACAGACAGACACGACCUACAGUUUUGGCCCAAGUAUCUGCAGAAACCUGCACUCCAGCUGUCCACAGACAGGACAGCGUCUGGCGUAAACGGCAGGGUCUAUAUUUAAAAAAAUAAAUAAACAGUGCAGUUCGGAUGUGAUGCUGGAGGAACAGGCUGUGGAGCACUGAGCCUCCCGAUGGCUGUGAGCACCAUGGACUCCGAGUCGGCCCGGACACCUCAGCCUCAGGCUGCCCUGACUAAAGGAGGCCGCUCCCUGCUCCCUGCUGGAGCUCUGACUGCCAGGCUGGGCACUCAAGGGAAGCACUAUGUCUGCGGCUCCAUAGCAGCGUUUACCAACAUCAUGGUGACUUUCCCAAUCCAGAAAGUGCUGUUCCGCCAACAGCUGCACGGCGUGUUGGCCACUGAGGCGGUGCGGCAGCUCCAGAGGGAUGGGCUAAGGAAUCUUUACCGGGGCCUGCUGCCUCCACUGCUCCAAAAGAGCACUACAGUGGCCAUCAUGUUUGGCUUGUACGAGGACUUCUCUCGAGUCUUACUAGACCGGGCCAGUGGCAGCGGUGUCCCAGAGCUGGUCACACGAAGCUUUGCCGCUGCAUUGGCAGGAACUACAGAGGCCAUCCUGACACCAUUUGAGCGUGUGCAGACUCUACUACAAGACCAUCGGCACCACGGGCGCUUUAAUAACACAGUCCACACCUUUCGGACACUUCUGUCAGAGUAUGGCGUCAGAGAGUGCUACCGUGGCCUGGUACCCAUACUUCUCCGUAAUGGCCCGAGUAAUGUGCUCUUCUUUGGGCUACGUGGGCCCAUCAAGGAGCAGCUCCCAGAAGUCACUAGCAGGGCAGGUCAUGUGGUUAAUGAUUUUGUAUGUGGAGGGUUGUUGGGGGCAGCCCUUGGCAUCAUGUUCUAUCCAUUAAAUGUGGUCAAGUCCCGGGCCCAGUCUCAGGUCGGUGGAGCCUUUCAGCCUUGCAGGGAGGUGCUGCUAACAGUGUGGAGAGAAAGGGGUGGCAGUGUGGCCAUGCUCUUCAGAGGGGCCACCCUCAACUACCACCGUUCACUCCUCUCCUGGGGGAUCAUCAAUGCCACCUACGAGCUGCUGCUGAAGCUUGUGUAAGGGGGAAUGGAGACAGAGAAACGAAGAACUAGAGAGGAAGAGAAAGCAUUUAAAGGGAAAAGCCUGUAUGGAGUGAUGGAGCCAGUUUGUUGAAAAGAAAGGAAAAUGUUAAGUCCAUGUACUUGCUGUUGAGCGCUAUUUUUGGGACACUGGAGUUUCCACGACUGAAAGACAGCAGUGAAGUUGCACUUCUGACAGGGGCCAACAGUGUGAGACAACCCACCUGCCACAUGCCAUGACUAUUAAGUGUCGUCAAAGUAUUAAACACAAGACACACGCUUUAGCUUAUUUACAACUUGUGCCAGGGUCCAAUUGAAAUGCCCUGUUUGCUCUCUGUACAAAAAUGUUGUGGAGCAAACUGAACUCCAGCGCUUCUUUCUUCUUUUUUUUCCAAGCAAAGGUUACUUGACUGAAUUAAUUUUGUCCGUUCAUGCUGUGUGCUGUGGUGCUUUGUAGACAACACCUGCCUGUUUGUGUGACCAAGAGCAAUUCCUCUGUGAGGCCGUAUUCUGCCACUUAACUGAAAUGCUUUUGUACUUUUGACCAUUAAAAUUCCCCAAAACGUAUUGUCAGGGAGAGUGUACUGAAUUGAGUGGCCCUUUUAUUUCUCUUCAUGCUUCCUGUCCUCCUAUUCGGCCCUCUAUGUUCAUGAGAUCAGAAGACAGAUACUUAAUAAAUUAGUGAGCAUUACAUGUUUUUUGAAAUACUGUCUAGCAGACACACAGGCUAUUUUAAAUGGUUUCUCCUUUCACACAUGAUUCGUCUUUGCCAAUUGGAACAGAAAUGUUUUGUCAAUCACUAUUUGUCUUGAUUUGUUUUUUUAUGAAGUGGAACUAGCGUGUCAUUUGAGAAGUGCCCAUUGAUGUCAGCAAAACCUACAGUUAUUCCCAGGUCUUGUCUUUUUUAUAAUUUAUUGAAAGGGAGAAAAAAUGUCUAAUCUAGACUUCUGUUUCAACAAAUAAUCCCACAGCAAAUGUUUGAGAUAUCUUUUUUUUUUUUUUUUAAAGAAAAUCUUUGCGGUUUCAGAAAAAGACCUUUGACAUUCAUUUUACUACACACCAUUGCUGCUUUUGUUCAUGUUCGGGCUACUGUUCACUCAUUGAGUAUAAAACUAAGUGCUCCUCAAUGUUUGUUUCCUUUUUAUGAACUUUAUUAUCACUUGUUUUAUACAUGUAUCUCUCUCUCUCUCUCUUCACUCUUUUUAUAUCUUCUCUCACGCUUGCUCUCCUCUCUGUGUUGUAACAUCUGUUGACAUAAUGGGCUCAGAUUUCAAGCAUGAGUAGAUAGUGUCACCAUGCAGCAGCUCUGGCUGGCUACGACAGCCCGAAGAGGAAAGGCAUGCUGCUUGGACACUGAGAGAGACUGAACUGUAAUGGUGCUGAGAGAAGACAGGGGCAGAGGGUAAUGUUCAGUGGCACAAAAAGCUCAAGCUGCCAUGUAAAUGGAUCACUUGGCCUAUUUCUCCAAUUCUUUUCAUUGUGACUGUCCACAGUGUGCUGUUUUCUGAGCAUUUUCUUCAGGAUUUUCCAGGGUUUUCUCUUCAACACUAAGACUUUGCAUUGAAUUAGGUUUUGAAAAAGUGGGACACCCUCGCUUAUAUAAAUGCUUUUUUAUAUAUAUAAUUACCACUUUUCCUGAAGCACAAAUCACUGAAAUGAAAAUGUUAAAUCAAUAAUUGCAACCAAAUGAAAUUAAAAUCAAUCUAUUAAACAUGUUGAAGGUGAA